GGCCGCGUGCCGAGACGCAAGGAAUAUACGACAUUUUACUAUUUAUUCGCGAAUACGUACCAAAAACAACAAUACAAAGGUGCACCAGUGCGCGGUAUAACUGACAUAAAUAAAAGAGAGAUGCUCCGCAAGGAGUAAGCGAGUGCAGUGUGCUAGAAUAAAAAGUGCAGCCACUCGUGGGCGCUGAUUCAGAGACUGUCAUGUGUCGGAUUGGAAAGUUUUAGAAAAUAAUAAACCCAAGCCGGAGAGAGAGAGAGAGAGAGAGCGAACCAUCGACGCAAGGACAAAGACGAAAAAAACCCUGCAAAGGAGUCACGAUGAAUUCGGAGGAGAAACGGCCGCGGCAGCGGCAGCUGUUGCUGCUGCUCUUGGGCCUGACUUUGACGUUCUCGAUACCAACAGUAUGCGAAGCGCACAAACCGGUCAUCCAUCCGAACGUACCCGAAAUGAUAAUCAACGAGCACGAGUCACUGGAAAUCGUGUGCACGGCAACCUACGAGAUGGAUUUUCACUAUCCAGAAGAGGACGAUACGCUUAAAACGUCGAUCCAACACGAGGGUAGGCCCGUGUUCAAUGAAGCAGACGGCACCAACACGAUCAAAUUCAUCAGACCCUCUGUCCGUUACGGCGACACCGGCUGGUACGGUUGCGCCCACACGAAAAUGCAGUUCGACCGCUGGCAUCGCGAUUACAACGACCCGAACGCCAGUUGGAUCUACGUUUACGUCAGAUCGAACGACACCGUCUUCGUUCACGAGGAGAUGGAUGUACUGACGCCGAUAUUUGCCCCGGCCAACGAGCCGCUGCACUUGCCGUGUCGGCCGACGCUGCCCCAUUACCAUGUGGACCUGUCGAUCAACGACAGAGACAUCACUAUGGACGAGAACGUCAAGUUCGACCCGAAGGUCGGCUUCAUCGUGAAAAAUUUGUCGGCCGAGGACACGGGAACGUUCGUCUGCUCGAUUCGAAAAGACGACGGCGAGGUGGCCACUUACGAGGGUACGAUCAUAGUGACCACACCCACGGGCCUCAAGAAGCCGGAAAUUCUCUCCUCCGGCCUGGAGCACGUGACCAAGGGCUCGAGGCUCAGCGUCAAGUGUCAGAUCGUGAUCGGCACCGACUUGCGCUACGAAUUCCACUGGGUCACUCCGAGAACUUCGGCUUCGAGGAUGAUCGUGGACCCGGUGGAGAUAUUCGAGGGCAACCACAACAAGCUCGUCAUAUCGGAGCUGAUCGAGAACAACGUGACCGAGGACGACGACGGCGAGUACAUUUGCCGAGUCGUAACGAGAAAAGAAACUGUCGAGACCCAGAGAUACAUCAACGUUCACGAUCCGAGUCACACGUUCCUUCGACUCAAAUACACCGACAGCCGAGAAUUCAACGUCAAGACUUAUCAGCCGGUCAGCUUCACGAUCGAGGUGGAAGCCUAUCCCGAGCCAGUGAUCACGUGGUUCACUCCGGACGGCAAGAACGCGUCGACUUUGCAAAGAAUACAAGUGACCAAUAGCGGCUCUAUGACGUCCCUGAAAAUACCCAGCGUUCAGAUAGAAGACAUGGGAACUUACCACGUGCAAGCUUACAACGAUCAACAGACGAAAACCUUGAACUUCACUCUCAACGUUUUGGCCAAGCCAUGGGCGGUGAUCGGCCACAGCGUCAAGCCGUACUACGUGAUCGACGAGCCGGCCGAGUUCUACUGCAACGUCGUGGGCAAUCCCCUGCCCGAGAUCAGCUGGUACUACACCAAGUGUCCGCACUAUCCGCAGCUCGUCGACUGCGAGCGCGACCAGCUCGAGACCGAGAUCGUGGACGAUCGCAAUCCGCCGCGCGUCGACGCCAAGACCGAGCUCCGAGUCUCCCAGUCGGGCCUGAUCAAUUGCACGGCCUGCAACGAGUACGGCUGCGACUCGGCCCUCCAGGACGUCCUCGUCUCGGACACGGAUCUGCGCAACAACGCCUUCACGAUCCUCGAGCCCGAGGACAACGUGACGAUCGGCGACGAGCUGCGCGUCACCUGCGUCGCGUCCAGUUACAAUUUCUCGAGCGUCGAGUGGCUCGACGCCAACAAUCAUCCGCUCGUCCAGUCGGCCAAGCUGCGACUGACCUUCGAGGACUCGGCGUACACGCAUCGCAGCCACUUGACCCUGGCCAAUCUGACCUACGCGGACGAGGCCGAGUUUCACUGUCGCGCCCUGACGCCCGACAACGAGGCCGAGUACACGGUCUAUCAUCUGCGCGUCAGCGAGCCCUCGGCGCCGAGAUUCAAGUCCGUCAACAUGAACGGCACGGAGACGGUCGUCUCGGCCAAGGAGGCGCACAAGGUCCGAUACCUCAUUUGCCGCGUGGACGGACUACCCGUACCGCAAGUGACUUGGUUCAAGGACGGUAAACCGCUGAAAAUCAACGAUCAAUUCUCGCUCGAUCAAGACAAUCAGACGUUGACCAUCAAGUAUCUCAUGGAGAAGAAUAGCGGCAAAUAUUCGUGCAUCGCCCAAAAUCGAUUCGGCCAGGUAGAACAGUUCCAAACGUUCAUGGUCAAAGGUCCUCGUGUGUCACUGGCUUGGAUAAUCGCCAUCGUGAUUCUGGUGCUGCUGUUGAUCGGUCUGAUGACCUACUUCUGCAUCAAGAUCAAGAAGGAAAAAACGAUGCGCAAACAGCUGAUGGAGGACGGCCUGAUCUACUUCGAGGAGGGCGCCCUGGACUGCAUCAAUCCCGAACUGACGAUCGACGAUCAAGCCGAGCUCCUGCCGUACGAUCGAAAAUUCGAGUUCCCGCGCAGCAAUCUGAAGCUGGGCAAGCAGCUCGGCAGUGGAGCCUUCGGCGUCGUGAUCAAGGCCCAGGCCCGGGGCAUCCUGCCCGAAGAGUCCGUCUCGACGGUGGCCGUGAAGAUGGUGCGCCGCAACGCCGAGCCCGCCUACAUACGCGCCCUGGCCAGCGAGCUCAAGAUCAUGGUGCACCUGGGCAAGCAUCUGAACGUCGUCAAUCUUCUGGGCGCCUGCACGAACAACAUUGCCAAGCGCGAGUUGUUGGUAAUCGUGGAGUAUUGCCGCUACGGCAAUCUGCACAAUUAUCUGCUGAAGCACCGGGACGAUUUCAUCGAUCAGAUCGAUCCCAAUACCGGUGACAUCGAUCCCGAUAUCGGUUACGACAUCAUCUGCAACGCUCGUAGCAGCACACGCAACAGCAAGGUAAAGUACGCCGCUUUGUCGUUUGCUCGUAGCGUGAGCGGCCAAUCGGCCAACCAGCAGACCACGGCCUCGACGACGCUCAUGACGACGAGCGGCGGCAACAGGACGGGCUACAGCGAGGCCGUCACCUACGUCGCCGACACGGAGGACGUCGCCGGAAUCGGCGGCGGCAACGUCAACGACGGCCUGGUGGACUCGGUGGGCUCGCAGCAGCAGCAGCCCGAGUGGAGCACCAACUAUCAGGGCGACUACAAGGAGCGCAACGUCAAGCCCAUCUGCACGCAGGACCUGCUGCUCUGGGCGUUCCAGGUGGCGCGCGGCAUGGAGUAUCUGUGCAAGCGCAAGGUGCUGCACGGCGACUUGGCGGCCCGCAACAUCCUCCUGGCCGAGAACAACGUCGUCAAGAUCUGCGACUUCGGCCUGGCCAAGUCCAUGUACAAGGACGAGAAUUAUCAGAAGAAGAGCGACGGCCCGGUGCCGAUCAAGUGGAUGGCCAUCGAGUCGAUACGCGAUCGCGUCUUCUCGACCCAGUCGGACAUCUGGUCGUUUGGCAUCGUCCUCUGGGAGUUCUUCUCGCUCGCCGAGACCCCCUAUCCGGGCAUGCAGGCGGAGAAGCAGUACCAAAAGCUCAUCGAGGGCUACAGAAUGGAGCGACCCAAAUACGCCACCGAAGAUGUAUAUUCGAUUAUGAAAAGGUGUUGGAGAUCGAAGCCGGUUCUCAGGCCGUCGUUCUCGGAAUUAGUCGACAGCUUGGGUGAUCUCAUGGAUGAACGUAUCAAGCAGGAGUACAUCGAGAUGAACUCGCCGUACAUGGACUUGAACGCGACGAAUCAAGAGGACAACAAGGACUACUUGACCAUGAUGGCCUCCCCGGAUCAUUCGCUUCUCGCCUCGCCGAAUCACGACUACGUCAAUUGUCCCAACGUACUUUCGGACGCGCCUACGACCCGCAGCCCCAGCGACGACACGUCGGGCGUAUUCGGCAGUCCCAGAGGCGACGCGUCCUCGUCCUCGUCGCCCUACAAUCCACGCUUCGAUUUUCCCAAUACUUCGUCGUCGCGCCACAACACCACCACCAAUUCGCAUUCGGACAACGAAGAGGCGGCGCCGAUGCUGCGAAAAGUCGAGGAUCCCGAGGAGGAGCUCGACGCGGACAACUACCUCAAGCCGAUCGAUGUGAAGAAGAAACGCGAGAACUUCGUCAAGCAGCAGGAGGAAGAAAAGAGCAGAGAACGAACGGCAUACGAUCGCGACUCGGGCUAUUGCAAUACGCCCAAGAAUUUCGAGCUGGUCGACGUCAAGGUUCACGAAUUGAGGCCACAGCCAGCGCAGCGGCGGCAGCAGCAACAGCAGCAGCCACAGCAACAUUAUCGAAAUCUCGACGAGAUCGAUAUGCCAGGAGUGAUAAUACACACGCAGGACAAUUACGUCAAUAUGCCGCAGCAGAAAACUGAUUUUCUCAAGGACAGCUCAGUGGACAAGAACUUUUUGAAUCCGAGUUAUAUAUGGGCUGAGGCUCGAAAAACUGAUAUACUAGAAUAAGGCGAAUCGAGUGAGAGUUGAAUGAAUUAUAAUUUUUAUUUGAGCGAAUCUGUCAGUUGUGAGAUUAUGUGAAGUUAGAAAGUAAUUUUUUUAAAAUGUAAGGAUGAAUUUAUGAAGAGUUUUUUUGAGUAAUUUUGUUACGUUGUAACAAAAUAAUAUAGGAUACCUACAUACUCGCUGGAAGUAACGUUUCGAAAUCCAUUUUUGUGCCAUUUGCGAUGCUUGCUAAAAUUUUGAAUUUAUAAGCUCGAACGUGUGGUACGAUAAUUUUUCUGAGAUGUCUAAUACUUGUGAUUAUUUCGAAUUGUAUAAACAACGAGCAAUGGUACAGAAAACCAGGCUCGCGUCGUUAUACUGCCAUUAAACAAUCACAUAGGGCUUUGAAUGUACUACAGUUCUUUCUCAUUGUUCGAGUCGUUAAAAAUGACUAAUUGCUACUUAAAUGUAAGUUAUGUGUUUGUAAAUGAAUGUGUUUUUUUGUAUUCUGUGUUGUCUCGUUGAGAAUUUACGGGUUUUCAAUGACAUAAUGAUGCUCGGUAAAUAAAAUCAAUUUUUUACGCGCGAAUGUUCAAUUCUAUACUUACGGGUGUAUAGGAUACACGCCCGAGUGAUUUUUAUCGCUGAAUUUAUUAUGUUUUAAGCCUACCGAUAGAAUUAGAAUAGUAGAAAACGCGAACAAAUUAUAUAAUGAAAUAGAUCAUGUAUUUCUGUACAAAUUGUCAUGUAACAUAUAAUAAAAUUGUAAAUAUUUUUUGUUUUUAUAUUAAAGUAAAUUUCUACAUAGUA